GGACACAAAAUGGCGCCGACAGGCCGACAGUUUCACACUCGGCACUGAUUCCUCUGAUCGCCUCCGUCGGCGAAACCACCGUCUUGUUUUCCACUACAACGCGGAACCGUCUUUAGAGCCGCCGAAACAUGGCAGAGAAUGAGUCACACGAAGGGGAGCAGGACCUGGAGAGGAAAAUCGAAGAGAUCAGGCGGAGAUUCAACGAUGAGUUGCUCCAAGAUUCAACAGAUAAGUACGACUCCAGAGAUGUGGAAAGACUUCAGAGUGACGAUACCGUGGUGGAGGGUUACCUGGAAUGGAGGCAUUAUGUUAUUGACGAUACCUUGAAAAUGAUCGAUGACAGUUUUCUGUGGAGAAAAGAAUAUGGAGUGAAUGAUCUUAAUGAGAGCACCAUUCCCAAGUGGAUGUUCGAGACUGGUGCCGUUUACCUCCAUGGCUACGACAAAGAGGGCAACAAGCUCUUCUGGUUCAAGGUUAAGCUGAACGUUAAGGAUGCAAAAACUGCCUUGGACAAGAAGAAGUAUGUCGCCUUCUGGUUGGAGCGAUAUGCGAAGAGAGAGCCAGGAAUGCCCCUCACCGUUGUGUUUGACAUGGCAGAGUCUGGCAUCGGCAAUAUCGACAUGGACUUUGUAAAGUAUGUCAUUAAUUGCUUCAAAGUAUAUUAUCCAAAGUUUUUAUCCAAAAUGAUCAUAGUGGAUAUGCCUUGGAUCAUGAAUGCUGCUUGGAAGAUUGUAAAGUCGUGGUUGGGUCCAGACGCAAUCAGCAAGCUCAAGUUCACAUCCAAAACUGAGGUCCAGACGUUCAUUGACCCCGAGUACUUGCCACCUCAUAUGGGUGGAACGGACCCUUUCAAGUAUAGCUACCCGCCUCUUCCCGACGACGACUUCCAAACGCCCAUCACUGACAACGGACCCAUCGUCAGCGAGGACGACGCAGAGAGCAAAGAGGGAGAAGCUGAAAGCAGAGAUGCACUUGAAUCCAGCUUCAACUCAACUGACGUUGUGGCAAAGCCCAAAAAGGUGAAUUUCCAGGAAGACAGUUUGAGGUCAGAGGACAAUGAUAGAAGUGAAGGAAGUGCCAGAGUCAAAGGAGCCCGGAAGCCUCUCACAACCUUCAAGGGCGCUCUGCUAGACGUUAGUCCUGCAGAGGAACUCAGCUUCGGAUCUGGCGAGACGGAGAGGAAAUGCCUCAUUAUCUUGACCAAUGUGACCAAAAAUCAGGUGGCCUUUAAGGUACGGACCACGGCACCUGAGAAGUACCGAGUGAAGCCCAGCAGCAGCAGCUGCGAGCCCGGAGUGUCGGUGGAUAUAAUCGUGUCCUUGCAUGGAGGUUCCCAGGCGUCUCCGCAGGACAGAUUUCUGAUCAUGGCUGCAGAGAUGGACAACGCUGGAUCGCAGGAACUCGCACAGUUCUGGAAGGAAGUCUCCAAAACCAAGGUCAUGGAGCACAGAUUACGCUGUCAUGCUUUGAACAGCGUUAAAGCGACAGCGAAUCCUCUCAAGGAAACCCCCGCGGAGAUGGCGGCCAACGGGCAGCAAGAGCUGAGCACAGCACUCAUGCGAGUGAUGGCCUGCAACUCGCGGCUGGAGCAGAAACUGAACGCGUGUCUGUGGGAGCAGAAGGUUGUGAUGGGGCUGGUGCUGGUCCUGCUGGUGCUGAACCUGCUGAGUCUUUACCUGCUGGGCACGGCGCAGCGGCCGUCCUGACCCGCCACCGCCGCCGCGCCACCCUGCGCCCGCCGGCCCCGGACACGCUGACGGUUCCAGCCGGGUCGAGCUCCGACCACCUGAACGGGGAGGGAUGGGGGCGAUGGCGGUCGUCCCGCGCUCCCCGCGGCCUUCCCGCAGGCUGCUGCUGUUGCCGUGGCGACCCGCCAGACCCGCUGGAAGGACGCUCGAAGCUGAUGUGGAGUUGGAAGGUGAAGAGUUGGAUCUCCACGCUCUUGACGGUUAACAGAAAGCAGCUUAGCAGCAACGUCGAAUCAGUCGAAUCUUUGUCUUUUUUUAAACUCGUCAUGACAAAAAAAAAAUAUUUAAUUAAAUUUAAACAGUCAAUUUGUUGAAAGAUUAGUUAUUUUGAGCAUAAUAUAUAAUUUUUAUAUUAUAAAUAUGUACAAAUCUGUUUAAAAUAUAAAAUAAACAUUUUUUUAUCAGCAACUUGG